GGCUUUCGGUUUCCAUGUGAAGCCGGGCUUCUUUUCGGGAGCCGCAGCGGCGGGGUGUCUGAAGGUGUAAGAAAUCCCUCGUUAAAACUUCGCUUGAGGAGUUUUUGGGUUAAAGUAUAUGGAAUUUAGAAUUAAACACAGAUGGGAUGGUUUGCCUGUGAGCCAUAACCUGGUUAUGAUUCGGCUGAGGCCAGACAAUGCAGGACUGCUAAUGGAAGUUCAUGGUCCCUUCUGUAAUGACCCUCAAGCACCACUUGGAGAGCCAGGGAAACCUUUCGAUAGGCUGUGGGACUAUGAAGUUCAAGAAGCCAUUUUUCCAAGUGACAGAACUGAGCACUCUUUAGGAGUUGACCUUUGUCCCCACGGGCAGCACUUACUACUGCUGCUUUCUGGCAAAAGAAAAGUAUGGAAAAAAGAACUUCCUUUAGAGUUUGAGGUGACCAUAAUGAAAACCAAAAGGGAGGGUAAAGCUCAUAUUCCUUGUAAUUACUUUCCACCAUAAAUGCACUAACAAGUUCAAUGAUUUGCAAUUCAUGGCUCAAAAGAAGAGAGGAAAUACAAAGCACUUCAUCUUGUGCCUCAACAUGAACUACAAGAAGGACAGAAAGCAGAUUUUUAAACAUAAAAUUAACUCUUUUAGUUGCACUAUUGUUGGAAUACUUAAAGAAAACCAAUCUAGUUUUAGGACUGAGUGGCACUAGUAUUUUAAUUGUACUGCUUAGCUCUGGAUCCAUUGGUGCUGUAUUUUGUAUAGAGCACUGAGGCAGAUAGCUGUAAUCAGUGCUUGAUUUCCAUGUUAUCCCCUAGGUGUAUAGAAAACAAUGCAUUCAAUACUAUUGACAUCUGCUUGAUCACCUUCCUGAGCUAAAUCAUAGAUAGGUUGUUCUACUUUUCCCUUGCCUCCAGCACCUCCUGAAGUGCCAUUUAGUGAUAAUUUCACCAGAUAUAUUUCCUGUAAAUCUCUUUUGCUACUCCCCUACUGUUCUAAACAACUUCACCUCUACAGAUGGCUCCAUACUGUAGAAAAAAUUGAAAAGGCAGACUAAACCAAAAAGCAUAAUAAAAGGAUACCCAGUAUCAUUAGAAGAACUAGAGAAUCUUGAUUUUUAAAUUGUGCUUUGGGCUUGUUUAUUUUCUUUGGCUGUGUGGCUGAGAUGGUUGGUCUGAUAAAACUUGUUACUUCUGGUCAUUUUUUAUAAAUUAACUAGCUCUAGAGAACAGACUAUAUUUCCUAUGCAACCUUGUCACACAACAUACAAUGACAAGUAAGGUAAAUCAUAGAUAAAUUACUCUUUGUUGCCUUUUUUUUUAAGAAAAACUUAGGUUCUGCAGCUAUUUAUUUUUAAAAAUUCUAAGCUAUUGCUAAUAAAAUACAUUAGCAGUGUUCUGUGAGAAAUUGAUAUUUUUAUUUCUCUGUAAUAGCCUGUAAUAAUUUCAAGAAGGGAUUCUUUUUACAGUAUUGCUUUCAAAAAAAACCCUUGUAUUUUUCAGACCUUGGUAGCAGAUGCGAUUAUACGAAGAGGCUGUUCCUUGCUGCUUUCAUUAUUCUUAGUUUGUCUUUACUCUUACAAAUUACCUCCUAAUACAAGAGUUCCAUUCACCUUUUUAAAUGAUUAAUGUGGUGUCAGAUGUUCUAUUUACUGUUUGGCGGUUUUUUAAUGUAAGUAUUUAUUAGCAAUUGGCUUUGGUGCCUUCCUUCUAUUGUUUCUGUAUGAUAGCCUAAAGAAAAAAUUCUUAACAAGAAAUGAUUCAUAGUAUUUAAAAGAAAAUGAGGUUUCUAGUCUUAUAAAAAAAAUAUAUUUACUGGCUUCCUUAUCCCAUCCAGUCUUCCUUUCCUCUGUAAGUUGGUCAAGACUUGUAAAUUUUGGCUCCACUGGAGUGCGGAUAUGUCAUAAGGCAAGAUGUCAUUGCUCUUUCUCUGACAGCGGUUCCAGGCAGCAUAAGCUGAGGGAGUUUAAAAGGCGAGCACUUUGUUAACUUCACUUUCUGCUGGGUGAUACUUCUUCAUAGCUGAGGAUUUUGCCCCGUGCUUUACAGUACAAGUCAUUGUCUGGAAUUUUUCAAGGAUUUAGACAUGAAAGAAGUAAUAGGAGAAGACUGGAAGUAGCUGUGAUGGACUGAGAUGUUAUUAAUGUCUUAAACAUUGUCAAAAUCAUAGAAAGCCUUUUUGUCAAGCUGCAAGGAAGCAACUGCCUGUCUGCAACCACUGAAAUCCCCCCCUCUUCCUCAAUAUGCUUCUUGACUGGAAUUUGGACUGUGAAGGGAAGCUUGAGAUAAGACUAUUGUCUAAUCAUUUCAGGUCUGAGGAGAAGUAAACAAGGCUCAGGGAAUCUGACCUAGCUGAGCUCAGUGGGUGGCAGAGGAGAACGGUUCCGGGAGUGUGAUGGCAAAAUCUCUCCACACGAAGCAGAGUAAACUGCCCCCCUCCCCCCCCAGGAUGACCACGUACAUAUGGGGCAUUCACAUGAGAGGCAGCUGAGAAGGGGUCAUAAACAAUCAAAGACCCCCAAGGUAUCCCUCUCACCACCAAGACCAGAAAAAUGGGACCUAUGGGAUGCUGCCCAAUUACAUGGAGUAGUAAUACAUUUUCUAUUUUUCUCUCUCUCACUCUCUUCUUGCCCUCACCACCCUUUUUCUAUUUCUUUCUAUCUCUCUCUGUCUCAGAUUUACUGUUAAAUACACCAUUCUGAGCAGAGUUUUUUAAUAUCAGAUUAGUAAGGCUUUCCUUGACACCAAAGUCAUCAAUCAGUCUUAAAAUCAACAGUAAAGUAUGUGGCUCAGUUGAUUCUAAAUGAAUGAACAGCUCAUGUUUCAAUUCAUCUGGGUAUGGAGUUUUUCAUCUGUGCAAGAGAUAAAUCUAUUGCUACCAAUGACAGUGAAAAAAUAUGCUAAAAUUACAGCUGUGUUUUCAUGAGAGCUCUAAAGCCUGAUAAGGCCAAUACCUGGCUUGAAAUCAUUUGGAUUCUGGUAGUUGCUGCAUUUCUGCUGUAUUUUCACUGCUACUUUUUUGUUUCUUGACUGCUGAAUGACAUUCUUAUAUGCCUAAUUUUUCGAUCAAAAUCAGCAGAAAAAAUGCCUCCUUCAGGAACAGAGAGAAAUGUAGCUUUCAUGGAUUUUGGUGUCCCAGUACUUGCACUGCAAGUAUAACACUACCCUUUCCUCUAUGUUCCUAUACUUGACGUUUUCCCUAGCCUGGUGCCAAAGUGAGAACUUCAUCUGUAUUACAGACAUCUCGGCUUCAAAUUCAGUGUGGAGUUUCUAGUGAUACUUAGGUACAGAGGAUAGAUUUAGAAAAGGUUUUAUGAAUUUCAGGAAAAGGUUCUGGAACACAUAAUGUUCAGUAUAAAAUCUUUUGAUAGACUUGAGUGCCUACAAAUGAUGGUUUGUCCUGUUGUAGCAGGAUAGCCCACCCUGAUAAGGCCUAGAAUCUGAUCAGAGAAUGCAUGCAAUGCAAACCAUCACUCAAGCUAUCAUGCAAGUUCAACUGCUGGUACCAGGUGCUGUCUUGGUAUUGAAUUAUGCUAAAACCAGCCUGGUUCACCAGAUUUCGAAUCCUGCUUUUCUGAAGCAGAAUUUGACAGAUAAGCUAGUCUGCUUGCCUGUAAUCUGUGACUACCAGAGUAUAUAGUUAUAUAGUCUGGCACAACUAUAAAAGCCUGGUCCACCUUUCAUUUGGCAGACUCUUCCACACGCUUCCUUGAAGUGUGGAGCUUCUCCCUGAAGCAGGGAUGCCUCUUCCUGGUUACUCCCUAGGGGUUAAAAGAUCUUUGUGCUAUCUCAUCUCUACCAAUCUCUACUUAAUGAUUGUUUCUUUUGUUAGCUUUGAUACAAUUGGUUUAAUAUAAUUGCUUUGUUACAGCUUUGUUACUUUAUGUUAUAUGAUACCCUAAUAGGAGAUUUUUAGCUUUUAUAUUGUGUAGUGUAUAAUUCUGAUUAUGGUCUUUCUUCUGUUCGCUUGUCUGUUCAUUUGUGAUAAUAGAUAAUUCAUUUUAUAUAAAUAUAUCCAUUUUGCCAUUAUUAAAAACUUGCAGAACAAACUGUUUUAAUCACACCUCUAUAAUUCCUUAAAUUUAAACUGUUGACACACUCCAAGGCUAAGAGAGGUUUCAGGCACACCUCAGCCCGUCUUCGAGAAGGACUUUAGAAAGUAAGGGAGUCCUUUUUGCACCUCGUGAUCAGCAGCAGGGUUUUUUUUUUAAAUAAGUUUGUCUAAACCUUCCACUCUCCCUUGACAUACAUCACCUUAAGGAUAUAGCAAAGAAGUCUGAGAAUUUUUUUGCAUGCCACUUAGAUUUGGAAAUACUGUACAUGUAUGUAGCUAUAUUUUCUACAUGUUGGCAUGAAUAGUUUAAACACUAGUAAAUACUGUUAAAUGGUAAUAUCUUAUCUGUAAACUCUCACAGGAUUUACAAAUUACAUGUUCCUUUUAUUUUGUCUAGCAUAGCAAGUACUGCUUGAUUUUGGCUGCUGACUUAGUCCUAUAUAAAUUAACUUAGAAAAUGGGAAGCUUGCCCACUAAGCAGAUUCUACAUCUGAAA